CAUACUUUAUAACCUUUCUGGGGUCUCUGGCUAUUUGCCCCCCGCUUCUGAAUUCUCCUCUCUCCAGCUAAAAGUGAGAGAAAGGGGGAUAUGGGCAGGGGGGAAUCCUUGAGGAUCCUGUGAGCUUGGAGGAGGAACCUGACAGGUGAAAGAACAGGGGGGCGGGGGAGAUCCUUCUCUCCCUGCUAUGCGUGGCUCCACGGAUCUCCUCUGGAAGCUUGGUACGUCUAAGGGGAACCUGGCACAAUAAAAGAGAGAGGGGGGAGAAAGAGAGAACCGGCUCCGGGGAGGAUCCAGCUUGAAUUGCUCGCUCUUGCGUUGGUUGGCUGCUUAACCCUUUCCGCACCUAUUCCCCCCCCCCCAAUCGCAUACACACUCCCACUUCGGAAGCGACUCUUUUUUCCCCCUCGCUCUCCUCCGCAGCUGGGUAGGAUGGGGCCCUUGGCAUCAUGAACCAUACUCUCUUUCCCCGGCUGGAAUUCGAACUGCUUGGUCCCUCGUAGGCUUAUCUAUAAUAGAUAUCCCCCCACACCCUUUUUCCGCCCUGCGCCUCGAACAUGCGGUGCGUUGAUCUGAGAACAGCACCGGGAGGCUGUCCCGCCUGGACCCUGUGGAUGUGCUCCCUCUUUUGGGGAUGGAUCCUCAGCUCGGUGUGGAGUUCCUCCAGCGUGGAUUUGCCUGCGUCCUCUUCCUCGUCGUCCGCCUCGCAGGCUCAGCAAGAGCACCAUUUCCAUGGCAGCAGCAAGCACCACUCCGUGCCUAUCUCUAUCUACCGCUCCCCCGUCUCCCUGCGAGGAGGACACGCUGGUGCCACAUAUAUCUUUGGGAAAAGUGGAGGCCUCAUCCUUUACACCUGGCCAGCAAAUGACAGGCCCAGCACGAGGACGGACCGCCUUGCUGUCGGGUUCAGCACAACAGUGAAAGAUGGCAUCUUGGUUCGUAUCGACAGUGCACCUGGCCUUACUGACUUCCUGCAGCUUCACAUAGAACAAGGCAAGAUCGGUGUAGUUUUCAACAUUGGAACAGUAGAUAUCUCGAUCAAAGAAGAAAGCACCCCAGUGAAUGAUGGCAAAUAUCACGUCGUACGCUUUACCCGAAAUGGUGGCAAUGCUACUCUUCAGGUAGAUGGUUGGCCAGUGAAUGAACACUAUCCUUCAGGCAACACUGAUACUGCGUUCCAAUUGGUAAAACAGAAAAUCCCCUUCAAAUAUAACCGGCCCGUAGAGGAAUGGCUGCAGGAAAAAGAUGAUGCAACACCGCAUCACCACUUGACUUCGAGACCUGCCACGACGACCAAAAUUGGACGACAGUUAACGAUCUUCAACACCCAGGCGCAAAUAGCCAUUGGAGGAAAAGAUAGAGGGCGUCUCUUCCAAGGCCAGCUCUCCGGUCUCUAUUACAAUGGUUUGAAAGUGCUGAACAUGGCAGCAGAGAGCAGCCCCAACAUCAAGAUCAAUGGAAGUGUCCGGUUGGUGGGAGAAGUGCCAUCCAUCUUGGGAACCGCACCCACAACCUCCAUGCCACCAGAGAUGUCUACAACAGUCAUGGAGACCACCACUACUAUGGCCACUACUACAACCCGAAGAAACCGCUCCACACCUACCAUUCAGACAACAGAUGACCUCAUUUCCUCAGACCAUUCAGCGGAAUGUUCUAACGAUGACGAAGACCUCAUUGAAUGUGAGCAGAGUGUAGGUAAGCCAGGAGGUGAAUUAGUUAUCCCUCUUCUUGUAGAAGACCCUUUAGAUAUCCCUCCUAUUGCUACUCGUGCACCUUUCAUUACACUCCCUACUACCUUCCGCCCCCUCCUCACCAUUAUUGAGACCACCAAAGAUUCCCUGUCCAUGACCUCUGAGGCGGGGUUACCUUGCUUGUCGGACCAAGGCAGCGAUGGUUGUGAUGAUGAUGGCUUGGUGAUAUCUGGGUAUGGCUCAGGGGAAACCUUUGACUCUAACCUACCCCCUACUGAUGAUGAAGAUUUUUACACCACCUUCUCCUUGGUAACAGAUAAGAGCCUUUCCACUUCCAUCUUCGAAGGUGGCUACAAAGCACACGCACCCAAAUGGGAAGCCAAGGACUUUAGACCUAACAAAGUCUCCGAAACUGGUAGGACUACUACUACCACAGCUUUGUCCCCUGAGCUGAUCCGCUCCACAGCUUCGUCCUCGACUGGGAUGGUGCCCAAAUUGCCAGCCGGCAACAUGAAUAACCGUGACCUCAAACCCCAGCCUGACAUAGUCUUGCUUCCGUUGCCCACUGCCUAUGAGCUAGACAGCACAAAGCUGAAGAGCCCGCUAAUAACUUCCCCCAUGUUCCGUAAUGUGCCCACAGCAAACCCCACGGAGCCAGGCAUCAGACGGGUUCCGGGGGCCUCAGAGGUGGUCCGAGAGUCGAGCAGCACGACGGGGAUGGUCGUCGGCAUUGUGGCUGCCGCCGCCCUCUGCAUCCUGAUCCUCCUGUAUGCCAUGUACAAGUACAGGAACAGGGACGAGGGGUCCUAUCAGGUGGACGAGACGAGGAACUACAUCAGCAACUCGGCCCAGAGCAACGGCACGCUCAUGAAGGAGAAGCAGCAGAGCGCAAAGAGCGGCCACAAGAAACAGAAAAACAAGGACAAAGAAUAUUACGUGUAAAAAAAA